AUGAAGGAUUACUCAAAAUAUAAUACUGUAAAUUACCGUGCUACAAAUAGUUUAGUGGUCCAGCCUUUAGGUAUCAUCACUUCCAUUCAAAUGACAGCUAACUUACCAUUAACAAUGCUGAUAAUUUUGGCCAUCUUGCUAGUACCCACCACUUGCUAUCCGGUUAUCCGUUGCCCGGAUUGUGGGACUACUAUGAUCCCGUUUCCACUCAGCACUGGACCUACGUGUGGCCGACAGUCGUACAAGAUCCAGUGUGUUGGUCUUGUGUUGAAUUUUGUUACACUCAAUAACACUUACCCAAUUAUAUCAAUCUCUCCAAAAAGUCAACAGCUAGUGAUCCAGAAUUCACAUCCUUUAAGCAACAGCAACACCUGUGUCACAGCUGAUAAUGUGACCCAUGGUAUCCUGCUGAAUAGCUCUUCGCCCUUCACCAUCACCCACAUCAACUGUACCAAUCCUGCCGUGGAAUUGAUGUGGGCACCACCUCCGGAGCCACAGUGUAAAACACAGGCUUGUUGCGAAUCGACCUCCACUUGUAAGGUUGCCCAUGAUGGCACACUAAGGUGUUUUUGUAAACCUAAGCUUCAUUGGGACACAUUUUCUGGCCAGUGUGCUUCAGAUCUUGUGAGAGUCGGACCAAAAAGAAUCGUACUUGUGGCAACUUCAAUGUGUGGUGGUGUAACAAUACUUCUAUCAGCUGUAUUUGCCACCAUAAUCUUCAUUCGUUGUAAAAGAAUCAAAGCAGAGCAAAAACGUAUUGCUCGAGAGCGUGAAGAGAUGGUGGCAUCAGGUGGUGGUGGAAAGUCAGCCAAGAUCUUUACCGGCAAAGAGAUCAAAAGAGCAACAAACAACUUCUCAUCAAGUGGUCUUCUUGGUGUUGGAGGUUUCGGUGAAGUAUAUAAAGGAGUCUUGGAUAGUGGCACAACAGUGGCUGUUAAGUGUGCCAAGCUUGGAAACACCAAAAGCAUCGAUCAAGUCCUGAAUGAGGUCAGAAUCCUAUGCCAAGUCAACCACAAGAACCUGGUACAGCUCCUUGGUUGUUGCGUUGAAAAACAACCAUUGUUGGUGUACGAGUUCAUUCCAAACGGCAGCCUCUUUGACCACUUGCAUGGUCAAAGAAAACAAUCUUUAAGCUGGAUUCAACGACUAGGUAUCGCUUGUGACAUAGCUGAGGGGCUUACAUACCUACAUUUCUCUGCAUCACACCCAAUCUACCAUCGUGACGUGAAAUCUAGUAACAUUUUGCUUGACAACAAAAUGAAAGCUAAGGUGGCGGAUUUUGGUUUGUCAAAACUUGCUCACGCAGAUUUAACCCAUGUGACAACUUGUGCUCAAGGUACUUUGGGGUAUCUAGAUCCUGACUAUUAUUGGAACUAUCAGUUGACUGAUAAGAGUGACGUAUAUAGCUUUGGAGUACUUUUGUUAGAAAUAUUAACAUGUCACAAAGCUAUUGACUUUGGCAGACCUUCUGAUGAUGUGAACUUGGUUGCUUAUGUCAAGCGAAUGGUGAAUGAGGAAAAAUUGGUGGAUGUUAUUGACCCAAUGCUCAAGGAAGAUGCUACGUUGCUGGAGAUUGAUGGUAUGAAAGCAUUAGGUUUCCUUGCCAUGAGUUGCUUGGAAGAACGAAAAGAAAACAGACCCUCCAUGAAGGAAGUAUCCGAGGAGAUCGAGUAUAUCAUGGGUGUCUCGGUAACCACCACGAAAUAGCUAAGUCGCAACAAGGGCUAGCAGGAUUUGUGCAUCAUUAUAAGUAUUUCCAACACUGUUCAUUCGGUGUUCGAGUCAGAGUGUAUGCGAGGAAAUGAUAAAGUGUUGUAUCUUAUUCUAGGAAAAUAUGGUCGCUAUCUUUGGAAAUUUGGAAAUAAGUUUCAAUAAAAGUUGUUAAGGAGUUGAAUGUAUAUCUUUGACUAAUAAA